AUGGGCAGCAGGGGCGUCCACCUGUGUCCUAGAUUCCACCAGAAGAGGACCUUCAGGGCUAAACCAAGGAUGAGGACCCCAGCAAAUAAACCAGGAACCAAGACCCCAGCAGAUGAGCCAGGAACGAUGACCCAAACAGACAAACCAGGAAUGAGGACCCCGGCAGACAAGCCAGGAACGAGGAGAGGCAAGGACCCAGGAGGGAGGGACUGUGGGUUAGUGAGUUCUGUUCUGUUCGACCAUCCGCGCUUCUUCCGGCGGCAGCAUGUGCUGGGAUCAGGAGCAAACCAGAACUCUUCCUCUGGCUCAGAGUCUUCCUCUGACCAGAUGGAGGAAAGGUGGCGAGGUGGUGGAGAGAAGCGCAGUAGCAGAGGUGGGAUGCCCUUUAACAUCGGUCACCAGCUCUGCAUGUUCUGUGAUUUGCAGCCUUCCAGUUGCAACGGCACUGGGCCGUGCUUUACAAACUGCUCCAUCUCGUCCAUCUGUGCCGAUGAUAAGGAAAUCUGCGUCGCCAUCUGGAGGAAGAACGAGACGGGCUUCUCCCUGGAAACUCUGUGCCACGACCCGGUCAUCCCACUGUAUGGGAUUCUGCUGGAUGACUACAACAGCACCAGCUGUGUGAUGAAGAAGAAGAAUCUGACGGGUGGCAUGGCAUACGUAUGCUCCUGUUCAAAUGAAGAGGAGUGUAACAAUAAACUGCUCUUCACUCCCAUCGUCGAUCCAACUCCAGAGGGCCCUCUGAUGUCUGUGAUCCUGGUCAGCCUUCUGCCACUGCUGGGGACAGGGGUUGUGGUUGCUGGGAUGUUCUACUGGUACCAGGUUCAUCGGCGACGCCAGCUCAGUCAGGAAUGGGAGAACAAAUUGAAACUGCGCAAACCUAAAGCCAGUGGUCCGGACUGCAGUGACGCCUGUGCCAUUAUGGAUGACGAUGGGUCAGACAGCAGUUCGACUCACGCUAACAACCUGAACCACAACACUGAGCCUCUGCCUAUAGACCUGGACCGGCUGGUGGGUAAAGGUCGCUUUGCUCAGGUAUUUAAGGCUAAACUAAACCAGACCACCUCAGAUCAGUUUGAAACAGUGGCUGUGAAAAUAUUCCCCUAUGAGGAGUACGCCUCCUGGAAGAACGAGAAAGACAUCUUCUCUAAUAAAGACCUCCGACAUGAGAACGUCCUCCACUUCCUGACAGCUGAGGAGAGGAAGGUAGAGAAUCAGUACUGGCUCAUCACUGCCUUCCAUCCGAAUGGAAACCUCCAGGAGUACCUGACAGAUCAUGUCAUCAGCUGGGAGGAACUGCAAGUGUUGAGUAGCUCCCUGGCCCAGGGUGUGGCCCACCUCCACAGUGAUCGGCUGCCCUGUGGACGUCCUAAGGUGCCCAUAGUGCACAGAGACCUGAAGAGCUCCAACAUCCUGGUGAAGAACAACCUGACCUGCUGCUUGUGUGACUUGGGCCUGGCUCUUUGUCUGGACAGCAGCCUGACUGUAGACGAUCUCGCCAACAGUGGACAGGUUGGUACUGCACGUUACAUGGCGCCUGAAGUGCUGGAGGCCCGACUCAACCUGGAGAACAUCGAGUCCUUCAAGCAGACAGACAUUUACUCCAUGUCCCUGGUGCUGUGGGAAAUGACAUCAAGAUGCAAAGCUGUUGGAGAGGUGAAGGACUAUGAGCCGGCUUUUGGGUCUAAAGAACGAGAGCACCCCUGUGUGGAGAGCAUGAAGGACAGCGUGCUCAGAGACAGAGGGAGACCUGAGAUCCCCGACAGCUGGCUCAGACAUCAGGGUAUUGCAGUGAUUUGUGCCACCAUGAAGGAGUGCUGGGACCACGACCCUGAGGCCCGCCUCACAGCCCACUGCGUCGCUGAGCGCCUGUCUGAACUGGAGGAUGAGAUGGACAAACUGUCCAGCCGCUGCUCCUCAGCCGAGAAGAUCUUGGAGGAGCUGAAGAUCCCGAUCGCGGUGGACAUCCCAGCGGAGGAGGUGAAAAUCAGUGAGAUCCAGAACAUCAUAGCUGGAGACAGUUCCGUGAGCGACGACAAGUGAGACGAGGCCUAGAGGCCGUUUCCACAGAAGCACUGGUCCUGGUUUGAUGGGACAGAACUGAUGCGAAGGAGCUGGAAUCUUGCAGGACAUUGUGGAAGGCUGUCACUGAGUCACAUCUAUUCAGGACCUACAAAAUCAAUCCUGGCUGAUUGAAAACAUUUUGUAAUGAACUGUAAAAGCACAGAGCCAAAAACAACCACCAAGAAACUGGAAAACUCUUUAAAGCCGUUCUGAGUCAACAGACCUUUCUACCAAAACAUAUCUCUAUGUAAGAAUUAACAGAGCAAUAGGAAUUAAACCAAAUGUGUUUGAUGUGCACUUUAUCAAGACAUACUUAAGUAUUAAAGAUAUUUAUCAAUUUUAUGCAUUUCUGUAUCCUAAUAUGCUUUGACCUGAAAGUGCCUUCGUGUGUUCUGUGACCUAAAAAUGUUGCCUUACAAACGAUGAUACAGACUUUAUUAUUCCAGCAGAUUACUAUAGGAAAACAGGUCAGUGUGUGUAAGUUUCUUUGUGUCUGAACGGGUUGAUUACACUCACCUCUAUGUUAAUGUUGUUUGCAGAUAAAGAAUCACAUUAAUUGGGUUUUUUCUUAAAGACAAAUCAACCAAAAAGGGAAACUAAUUCUGAUGAUAUGAAUAAGCUG